UGUGGAUAGAUACCUAGCGACAGAAAUUCAGAGAAGUGUGAAGACACACGGAGAAGGAAGUAGAGCUCUCUUGGAGCUUGUAAUUUGGAUGAUGACCAAAAACAAUGGAUAGAUAUGACUAUAUGGCAGCCCGCGGAGGCAGAGUGCUGGGUCAAGUGGUACACCAGGAGGCAGGAGUGUCAGUAGAGAAGGCAAAUGGCCUAGAGCCGAGGCAGGACGAUGUCGCUGUGUGUCCUCUGCAGCUUACCAGACCCACCAGUCGGGCACUUGCCUCUUAUCAGAACUACGAGAAUACAGCACCCCCUCAAGCUUUUCUUGAGUUUGAAGGACUGGAAGAGCUUAUCAAAACUCCCCCAAACGAUUCACCCACUGGAGAAUACAGGUGCAACUUUCUGUGGUCAAAUGCGGGUGACGACAGCUAUCGAGACCAGAGCCAACAAAGGAGCUCAGUCUACAGUCCCUCUCUGCUCAGUUGCCUGGACUCGACGGAAGAUAAGAGGGUGGCAUGUGACACAACCGACUAUUAUCAGAUGACACAAGCUACAAGGCCCCAAGCGGAGGAGGGAUCCUCCAACAAGUGGAAAAACAACAGAAAACUACAGAGAGAGAAAAGAGUGCCGAUUCGGAGAGCACCACGCAGCGUUCCAGAUCCAGUGCCUGAGAGAAAAAGAACAGCUCCCAUUAACCCUGCAUAUACGAUUCGAAAGUCAAGAGUCGUCAACAGAGUCCACAUGAGGCCAUAUAGGGAUAGGGUGAUUCACUUACUGGCCCUGAAGGCCUACAAGAAAUCUGAACUGCUUCUUCGGCUUCAGAAAGACGGCAUCACCAAAGAUGACGAGAACACCCUCGGGGAAAUUCUGCAGCAGGUAGCCAAUUUGAAUACUCAGAAUUUUUCAUAUACCUUAAAGGAUUACGUUUUUAAAGAGGUCCACAAAGACUGGCCUGGGUAUAGUGAACUAGACAGGCAGUCGUUGGAGUUGGUGCUCUCCAGAAAAGCAGACAUAGUUCAGCAUGCUUCUGGCACCAAUCACAGAGCAUCUUCUGGAGGUUCUGCUACAGCUAAAGCAUUGGAGGACGAGUUUUCCAACUUAGCUCAUAUUAAUUUAUCAAGGAAAAAGGUUCGAAUAUCUCACCUGACAACUGCAACACAGUCACUCUCAAGUAGUCAUUCCGUUAACACCAGGGCAGAGCCUCCCGUAGGCCUCUCGCCACCUUCUGGAGCUACUGCCAAUGUUCUCCCUCCUCCACCGCCCCCCACCCACCUUCCCCUUCCAAAUCCUCCUCAGCCUGCAUGUGCCAGCAGCAAUUCUAGCAGCUUUUCAGGAGGACCUGGCACUCAAGAUCCAGGCGUUGACAGUUUUAGUCGAAAUAGGAAAAUCUUUCUGAGGCAGCAGGGAAGACAUACUACCCUGGAAACAUUGCCCCCAACCUCUGUCCAAAGAAAGUAUCUGAAGCGUAAGAAGGAAAUGCACGUGAUGUCCUACAAGAAGUCCAAAUAUAAAUUUAGAGAACACAAAGCAGAGAAGCAAGAGCACGAUGCGGAGACGAUGGAGGAACAGAAGACAGAUCCGGACCGACGAGGGGAAAGUGCGCAGCCAAACCCUAAUGACGAAGUUGAACAAGUUUGCACUGCUUCCGGUGAAACUUGGUCAGCAUCUGGAUGCCCCGAUUAUUUGGCUCACUACGUCACUGUAGUGUCUUUGGAGCAGCGGCAGCACUACGCGCAGGAAUUUAGAGCAGAAUAUGAUGAGUAUCAGGCCUUGCAUACCAAGAUGCUAAGUCUAUCUCGAAUAUUUACUAAGCUGGAUUUCAAAAGGAAGCACCUCUCUCCAGACUCAAAAGAAUAUCAGGAAAUUAAUAAGAAAAUCUCUCUGGAAUAUGAAAAGAUGACAUGGAUUAAUCCCAAUUAUGGUGGAGAAAAACAAAGAUGCCAGUACCUUUAUAACAAGCUGGCUCACAUUAAAAGAUUAAUAAAAGAUUACGACCAGCAGCAAGUGCUAGGAUCAGAAUAAAUAAACACAAGCCGAUUUGUUGAAAAUACUGAAUUACUUGCUCUAGGAUUCUAAAGGGAUGAAACCACUCUGUCGAAACAUUCAGGAGUACCACUUUAAUUUUUUCUUUCUUUUUAUCUUUCUCUUUAUUUUAAUGUUCAUUUUUGAUGUUUAUGUUCAUUUGGUUUUAUGUUGCUUUAUGUUUGUGUAUUUUUUAAUGUUAUGUUAUUUUUCUUUUUUGUUUCUUUUUCCUUUGCUUUUCUGUACCCCUGAAGCUGUCUCAUAUGAUCCUUUUUACACCUAAAACUUGUGUUUUCACUCCCUUAAAAAAAACA